CUCUCUCUCUCUCUCUCUCUCUCUCUCUCUCUCUCUCUCUCUCUCUCUCCAGAAAAACCCAAAAAAAAUCCCAUCUUUUAGCUUAGAAAGCAGUGUAGACAAACAGCUCAGUUUUUGGGUCACCUUGGUUUGUGUUCAUAUCAACACUUUGAUACAUGGCCAAAAUGGUAGGAAAAAACAGUUCUAACCUUCCUCCUGGAUUUAGGUUCCAUCCAACUGAUGAGGAACUAAUCAUGUACUAUCUUCGAAACCAAGCAACAUCAAGGCCAUGCCCUGUGUCAAUAAUCCCAGAAGUUGAUAUUUAUAAGUUUGAUCCUUGGCAAUUGCCUGAGAAAGCGGAAUUUGGAGAAAGUGAGUGGUACUUCUUCACCCCUAGAGAUCGGAAGUACCCCAAUGGAGUGAGGCCGAAUAGGGCAGCUGUUUCGGGUUAUUGGAAGGCUACAGGCACUGAUAAGGCCAUAUGUAGUGGAUCCAAAUAUGUUGGUGUGAAGAAAGCACUUGUGUUUUACAAGGGUAGGCCACCAAAAGGUAUAAAAACUGAUUGGAUUAUGCAUGAAUAUCGAUUAAACGAAUCAAGAUCACAACCCAACAAGCAAAAUGGAUCCAUGAGGUUAGAUGAUUGGGUCCUUUGUAGGAUCUAUAAGAAGAAGAAUGUGGCAAGAAUUAUGGAGCAACAAGAGGAGGAUUCGCGUGCCCAAAAACAGGAUUUUAAUGAUGCUAGUGCUGCAGAAACAUUCAAAUUUCCAAGAACUUGUUCCCUUUCUAAUCUAUGGCAAUUGGAUUGUUUGGGGUCAAUUUCCCAACUUCUAGGUGACAAUGCAUACAAUUCAAAUUUUGAUCCCCAAAACACAUUGGGUCAUGCUGGAAAUGUCCCCCGGGCAAUUGAAAAGCUGCAGUUAGUAGGAGAAGUGCCACACCAAUAUGCAGAUUCUGUCAAGUUUCAAGUGACUCAGAGCAACAUUUUAAACAAGCCAGUUUUUGUGAAUCCAGUGUUUCAAUUUCAGUGA